AUGACGAACAAGGAAGACAUAUGUGAGGAAAUUUGCGACACCCGUCUAGCAGCUCUGAUGGCGGUUCAGCUCGUAAGACAAGUUUUGGAUGAAGCUUAUGUUAUAGCAAACGCUGCGAAUGAAUCAGGUAUGCCAUGGCGUUGUUUAUCGAUGGUAAAAAAAUUAAGUACUGAAAGUAUAGGAGUCGAAGAAGAAAUUUCAUAUGCGACUUACAGAGAAGAUUGUGAAGAUAAUAUGAAUAAAAACGACGCUGAAGAUUUGAUCAGUACUGUCGUCACUUCAACACCUCAAAAAGUACCAGUUGAAAUUUUAAAGAUUAAAACUGACACUAACCUAAUUGGUCAAGGUGAUGAAGAAAUUGAUACGCAGGAAAACGAAUUAAACAACUCUACGGCCACUUUUAUAAACCAUUUGUUUGACAUGAGUGACGUUGAAAGGGUAAUUAUAUGUGACGAUAGUGAAUUUAUACCAAGCAGUAAUAAGCCAUGCAACUUUCCUCCUCUUCAAGAUAUAACAAAGAUGAUGGAAUCAUAUGUAAAUGCUGCUCUGAGCAUGGCUUUUGUAACAGAAACCCAAGAUACUGAUAUUUGUGUAACUAAAGAAUCUUCGAUGAGCACAGAUUAUUCUGGUUAUUCUUUCUUAUCUGAUGCGUUUGAUAUUGAAGAUGCUGGCGAAGAACUUGCAUUUGUAAUUGACGACGGAAUAACUGAUAUGAUUAGUGCAACUCAAGUUAUCACGGUGGAGAAUGUAAUUGAGUUGCAAGAAAAGCCAAAAGAUGAUGAUGCUCCUAAAACAACUGAUAGUAUCGUAAAUGUGAUGAAAAAACAAGAGACAGUGCUUUAUGAAGAUGCAUAUUUAACUUUAAACCGAGAUUACGAACAAUGUUCUGAAGAAGAAGACCCGGUACUUCUUGACCCCAAAGGACUUGCAAUGCAGGAAGUAGAAUUGUUGACCGCACAGACAUCUGAAGAAGAUUUACAAUCUGCCGCGGAAAAGAAAUGCAAUGAAAUGGCAGCGACGUCGGCCGUUUCAGCUGUCUCCCGUAAAAGUAAAAGUAGCCUUGUAAGCCGAUGUCGCAGUCAAGGCGCUAGGCUAUUGGCUUGUCUGCGAGGGUGGUGGCGAAGAAAGACUCCAGGGAAGCGCAAGGAAACUCGCUUCAGUGGCUCUAUCCGAGACAUCUGCCCACUAUCUCCCGAUGCCAGGCUCCGGGCUACUAGCAUGCUGGAUCAGCGAAGGCUUGGUUCUCCCUCACCUAAUCACUCCGUGGUCUGGAAGUUUAACACCGUCAAUGAAGCGCUCGUCAACUCCUCGCGCUGGAAAGAGUAUACCUUCGACGUCAAGCCCGAUGAAUGUGAAGAACUCUAG